AUGGCGACGGUUGAACUCUUCAUCUGUAACUCGGCAACAAAGUCUUGGCUGUACAUUCCUUGUCCAAAGGAGGUUCAAGAAAAGCCUUAUAAUGAUCUCAAGAUGGGGUUGUUGGAAUGUUCAAACUAUCGUGAUGACUACAUGGUGUUUCUCAUCGAUGGACAAGAUGAUUGGUUCUCAAAUUAUGCCUUCAAGUUUUACAAGCCUGAGGAUGGAGUGUGGGAAACAAAGGAAAAAAGCUUCUUUGUGGGUGGUAGGACCAUGAAGUUUAAAAUGCAUGUGCAUUGCAAUGGAGCCAUCCACUUCAUCUCAAAUUGCUUUCCUUAUCUUACUAAAAGGAGUUCUUUUUAUAGGCCUUAUAUAAUGUCCUACAAUCUUGAGAGUGGCACCUCAACGAUGCUGAGGGUGCCAAAAGAGGCUAUAAGGGGUUCUCAUCACUUGAAUUGUGUCAUUAGCAUUUUCAGUUGGGGAAAGGAUCAAUCCUCCAUUUGUUUGGUGAGGCUAAAAAAGUUUGUCUUUACCAUUUGGAUCUUGAAAGAUUAUUACUCAAACAAGUGGCUCAGAAUUCUCAAGAUAAGAACAAAAAGGAUGGAAUUGAGGGAGGAAAAUCCUAAAAUAACUGGAUUCACAGUUAUGAAUGGUUCUCUCUUAAUUUUAGCUACUAAAGCAAAGGUUUAUAGUUAUGGUUUGACUGAACAAAACUACACGAGGGUUGAUGAAAUAUGCCAACAUGGAUAUGAGUCAAAUGUUUGCUUUACUUCAUAUUCUAAUACUCUUCAUUCAUGUGGACUUGGGGCUACAAGUUUGCCUUGUUAA